AUAACAACAAAAAUUACUCAGAAAUAAAAGCAAUGAUAAUACUCUUUGCUAUUAUUUACUUAAUGGUUUUCUAUUUUGCCUUCAUUUAUUAAGUAUACUGUCUGCACUGCUUACACUGCUUGCCGUGGCGCGAUCUGGCAACCUUAUUCCAGUGCACUGUGAAUGCCUAGAGCCGCAAAGAAGAAGCAGCACCCUCAGCAGCCUGUAUUUUUCACUUAUUGCAAUCGGGAUUUAAUACCUCUGGAAAUAAGCGCAGGAUUACAUGUCUAACACGCGCAAGGAUCCUUGCAAAGCCAACGCCUGCCGCAUACAAGCCUGCCUAAAGGAUAAUAACUACCAGGAGGAUAAAUGCCUGAAUGUCUUGGAGGAUAUGCGCCAGUGCUGUCUGAAGUGGCAUAAAGAAUCGCUUUGCUGCAGUGGAAUCGAUCUGGAAAAGGUCUACCUGCCAGAAGCAUCCAGGGACAAGAACCCAACCGGCAAGUCGAACAAAUAAUGACCAUACCGCAGUAUAAACCACCAAAGGAUAUCCAAGACUUGCUAGACAAAAAGGAGCAGCAACAGGCGACCCAGCGCAGGCGAACCGCUGUGCUGCCCAAGCGCUCGUGGAUCCAACGGAAUCCACGUC